GGACGGGAGGAUGAGAGAGGCGCGCGUAGCGAUAACGAAAUGCCCGUCCUCCUCUCCGCAGGCCUUCCUCUUCGCUCCUCUUCCUCCUCCUUAUUCAUUCCGCGCCCGAUAAGCCACCAGCGAACAAACUGCACUCCGCGGCGACGCCGAUCGCUAAAUACGCCCCAACAAGCUUUGCAGACGGCACGCAACCGCGCUCCAAGGAAAGACCACCGCAUCGUACGCGGACGGGAAUCCUGGACCCCUUCUGAGAGCGCCACUCGAAGACACUAUACCACGCUUCCUAAAAGUACAAACUCUACAAGAACUCAAGAAACCGGUGUAAAGAUGGCAUUUCAGUGGUCUCAAGUCGUGGCCCCGCUGUUGCUGUUGUUCGGAACGCUGCUGUCGGGACUGCUUCCCAUCUGGCUCGUCAAGAGGCUCAGCAUGGCGAGGUGGGGCAACAAGGCGUUCGCCUUCCUCGUCUGCAUCGGAGGUGGCGUACUGUUUGCCACGAGCUUCCUGCAUCUUCUGCCCGAAGUGCGCGAAGGAUUCGAGAAGUUGACGACGGACUUUCCCGUCACCGAAGGUGUCGUCUGUGUGGGCUUCCUCGCUGUCUACGCGCUGGAAGAGAUCGUUCACGCUUGCCUGGGACACAGUCACCACGCCUCCGACCACGGUCACUCGCACACGGCCGUUGUGAUGAACUGCAGCCAUGAUGCGGAGCAACCUCCCCCGGUGCACGAGAACGGCGUGGAGAACAAGCAGAGCUUCUCGGCGGACGCGGUGGUCGACGAGGACCACGGCACGCAGCGCGUCUCUCUCGGCAGCGUGCUCAUCGUGGUGGCGCUCUCGUUUCACUCCAUCUUCGAGGGCCUCUCCCUCGGCCUGCAGUCGACGGACCAGGCCACCUGGAUCAUGUUCCUCGCCAUCUCCAUCCACAAGUUCGUCAUCGCGUUCGUCGUGGGCUUUGACAUGAAGGCGAGCCACAUGCGAACGCGCACCAUCCUCAUCUACAUAGCCGUCUUCUCGGCGAUGUCGCCGCUCGGCGCGCUCAUAGGAGCCGUGACCAAGAACAAGCUCGAGGACUCGCCCGUGGUCGCCGGACUCAAUGGUGUCGCGACGGGCACGCUCUUGUACGUGACUUUCUUCGAAGUCCUGCAGAGGGACAAGAACAGUCAGCUGAGCGGAGUGCUGCAGCUGCUCGCAGUGCUGCUCGGCUUCGGUAUCAUGUUGACGCUAGUCCUUGUUUUACCUCAUGACUGAGUGAAAAAAAACUCGUGUUUUUAUUGUUGUU